UUUUUAUGGGGGGAUGGAGGUGACCGUCAGCAACCAAAACUACUCCAGUGACUCUUAUUUUGAUUUUGGGUUCCAUUUUGAGCUGUUAUUUUGAAAUGAAAGUUAAAAUAAGGAAGUGUUUUUUUUAAGCGCGCAGGGAUUGGACAGCUGUUUAUGUCUCUGCUUUCUGAUUGGCUAAACGUCAUGCAGACAGUAGGCCCCGCGGUUUUUGUUUUCUUCCGACUGUAGUUCCGGUUGUGCACGUGCGGUGGGAUGAACGUGUCGGGUUCGAAUGGAGAAAAGUCGAGAAGGCCUCCAGUUAAAGUUCUGUCCAGUCAACUGAGAGAAGCCACAGGGGAAAGUGCGGGGAGCGGAAAGACGGAGCUGAGGAUCCGCAGACUGGGCGGCAGCGGGUGGUUAACGGUGUCGGUGGUUUGGAUGCAGGGCACCGUGGUGGAAGCUCACACCGACCAAAACUCCGUACUGCUUCUGGACGAGACGGGAAACUUCCACAUCACCGGUGUUAAUAACAUCCCCAGAGGAAAACCCUGCCUCAGCCCCGGGAAGUACGUGAUGGUUAUGGGCAUCAUUCAGUCUCAUAGUCCAGAGCCGGUGCUUCGUGCGGUGAAGAUGGCGGAUCUUUCGGAUAACGCAGCCAUGCACAGGAAAAUGUGGAAAUAUGAAGUUGAAGACCUCCAACACACCUUGUCGUAAUAAACGUUAUAUUUGAUAGCACUUUAUAACACUAUGCUGCAACUGUAUGUUUUAGAUUUCUAAAGAAAAACCCAGAGUUCGUGUCUUUUUUUUUGUUUGUUUUUUUAAUAAAUUGUUUAUUAAUUUUGUGUGCCCUUUAUAUUAGAAGUACUUACAUAUAACUUUCAAUAAACAUAGUGAAGCAUUGUGACAAAACACUGUUAUAAGAAUAAAGUGAAAAAAAAAGAGGCAAAACAUGUUAUUGUUAAUUAAACUAUUAAAGGCACUUGCAGUUUUAUUCA